AUGGAUGAAUUUAUAAAGAACGAGAGAGAAGAAAUGGUGGCUUCAGGGAUUGAGGCUGAAUAUGACGAGCUUGAACAGCUCUUGCUUGAUAUAUAUGAAAAAGCACGUGAUGCUGCGACAGCCUUGGCCAAACAGCUUGAAGAGAAAGAAAAGAUUGCAAAUGAUGAGAAACAGCAGAUUGCAGAUGUCAGGAUUCAGGCAAUGGAAAGGCAAGCAAACAACCCUGUUAAACGGAAAUCAACAGUGUUGAAAGAGUUAAUUGAAGAAGGAAGAAAUGCCAAAAAUGAGUUGGAAAUAAAAAGAAUGGCAAUUGAGGAGAAGCGCUUACAAGCAGAUAAAGAAAGGCAGGCAUUAUUCACAGAUAUUGUUGCUCAACAGCAGCAGCAACAAGCUUUGCUUAUUGAACAACAAAUGCAUGGCCAUCAACAUCAACAACAAAUUAUGAAGAUGCAUCUAGAAAAUCAAGCCCAACAGCAGAUAUUUCAACAACAACAGCAAAAGUUGAUGGCAGAGUUACAUGUUCAAAACAGUCAAGUUCAACUGGAACUGCUUAAAGUUUUAAGAGACAUUAAAGAUAAGUAA